AUGCUCGGCCAGGCCGGCCCUCUUGGCUGCCCUAACGUCAACGGCCAACCUGAUGUUACCUGUCUUUGCUCCAACGUCAACUUCGGUUAUGGUAUUCGGGAUUGCGUCAGUCAGGCCUGCCCAGCUGGCACUGAUACUGCUUCAAUCAUCACCUUCGGUUUGACCUAUUGCGCCUCUGCCGCCUCAGGUGCCUCGUCAUCCGUCACCCUCAGCGCAACCCAAGCCUUGACACAAUCUGGAGAAGUUACCGGAACUGCAGCUGGUGGCGCCAGUGGCAGUGGCAGUGGUUCUGGCUCUACGGCAACUGGCAGUGAGGCCAGUCGCUCAGCCAUCAGCACUGCACCGGUCCUUACCACUAUCACCACCGAUGGCAGCACAAUCACCAGCACUGUCGGCAGCACAACCAUCUUCGGUGGCGCUGGUGGAGCAGCCGGUUCUUCAGUCCCUGUCACCACCGAGGCUGUUUUGACCACCAUUACCACUGAUGGAAGCACCAUUACAAGCACCAUUGGCAGCACUACCUUGUUCAGCGAAGUCAGUGGAGCCGCCAGCUCUGCCGCUUCUGGAGCCAGUGAAUCUGCCGCAUCUGCCGCAUCCAGCGCAUCUGCUGCCGCCAGCUCUAUCGGUUCCAGUGCCUCUGGUGCUGCAAGCUCAGCCUCCGAAUCUGCCGCAUCUGUUGCAAGCUCUGUGAGCUCCAGAAUUGGAAGUGCAACCAGCUCUGCCGGUGCCGCAGCUUCUUCCGCCACAUCAGGUGGUGCCGCUGCUCCUCAAAUGACAUUUGCUGCUCAAAAUAUUGCUGGCGUUGCUGGUCUCGCCGCGAUCAUGUUGUUGUAA